AUCGCUUCUGUGCGCCUGGUACUCUUAGAGUUUUCUCCAUUUUUUUACUUUUUUAUAAAUAUUUUUUUACCAUGAUAACAAAAGGAGCCAUUUUGUUUCUAUAUUUUCUCUCGUCAGUAAAUUCGUGGCCAUUAGGGGAAGAUGAGGAUACGGCAGUAAUAUUGCCAGAGGAAAUAGAUGACAAUACUAUAGAUGGUGGUCAUCAUUUAGGUGAUGACACAAUAGAUUUGACUCAGUUGGGACCAGAGGCGUUCGGGUCACCAAGUGACAAGAGCGGAGACAACCUAUCGACAUGGAACGAGACGUCCCUGAUGAAUCCAGAAGAAAUGGGCGAGUACGCCGAGGGUGACAUCCUUAUUCCCAGGACACAGACCAGGAAUGGCAUCAGAUCUGAGUCCAUGCGGUGGCCGGAAGGCAUUAUUCCUUACACCAUUGAGGGGUAUUUCAGUUCUGACCAACGCAGCCUGAUCAUGCAAGCCAUGGACGACUACCAUCGCAUGACGUGCCUCCAUUUCGUGCCACGCAGAAGCCAGUCCGACUACAUUGUGCUGCAGAGCAAGAAUACAGGGUGCUGGUCUUCGGUUGGUCGUAUUGGUGGUCGUCAGGAAGUGAACCUGCAGUCCCCUGGAUGCCUGACGAAGAAAGGCACGGUGCUUCAUGAGUUACUUCAUGCAAUCGGCUUUAUGCACGAGCAGAGCCGACCUGAGAGAGAUGACUAUGUGUCUGUCUGGUACAACAACGUCAAACCAGGAUCAGAGAACAACUUCAAGAAAGCCGACAGACAGAACACCAUCGACUACGGAGUCACGUAUGACUACAACAGCGUGAUGCACUACUCUGAGUACGCCUUCUCCAAGAACAGGCAGAAAACCAUCGAGCCCAAGGUCGGUGGUUACAAACUUGGUCAGCGGGAAGGACUAAGCCGGGGUGACAUCAAAAAAGUUAAUGCAAUGUACAACUGCAAAAAAACUGGCUCCCAAUUACAAGCAGAGGAUAAUCAACAAGGGGGCAACGCUAUAGGAAAUUUCUUUCAAAAUCUACUAGGCAUCAAAGGGAAGAAUGUGACAAAAUAAAUCUAUUUACUAAAAUGACAUUUUAGUGCCGCGCCAUGAAAGAAGUGCCUGGACGCGGCGCCACAUUCGCUGAUAGCGACAACUUGUCCGAGUUGUUAGUGUUAGUUCCCCACAUUGCCACGGUGCUACUUUCGUUGUCUACACUUAUUUAGUAAAACCAAAUGAUCUGCUAGUCUUAUUUGUUGUAUGUGUGUGUACGUUUUAUAUUCUAUAGAAAUAAAAUAAUUUUUUUAAAAUGA